AUGUCUGUCGUCGCCCAUCUGGAUCGUUCUGAAGACAUCAUCGCUGGAGCAAUAAUGUUUAUAGUUGGCGUCGUUGGGAUUGCAUUCAAUGUCGCGGCUGUGGUGCUAAUCUAUCGCACACCCUUCUUCCGUAAUGCGUUUGGCUACAUUUGUGCAUCACAUUGGUCGCUGAUGUUGGUGUACUCGCGAUUUACACCUUUUGGGCGGCACCAGCAACGAUACUUACGUCACUUGCUCUCAACAUAUGGACAAUCUUCGGCUCAUUUCAGUGGUUUACCUGAAACGAUAACCCAUACUUAUUUCGGACAGAGAAUAGGUCAACUCACCGUGAUAUUCUGGUUUGGCUCUGUCUAUGGACAUUUGCAAAUGGCUCUCAAUCGACUUAUGGCUAUCUGUUCCCCCCUCAUGUACAAAUCGCAAACCUUAUCCGAUCUUGCAAUUUUAACGAAACCUCGCAUUCUAUAG